GAAGUAGGAGCUACAGAGAUAAAGAAAGACAGAAAAUACUUACUGCAAGGAUCUCAUUCUUUUGUGAAGACGAGGGUAACAGCCUUCUCACAACUGACUGCAGACAGUGAAAAGCAGUAAGAGUUGAGACGUUGUAGGUGUAAGCACUAAACUCUGUACCCUUAAUGAAUUUUCCACGACUGCUGACUGGUUUCUCAUCUGCUUUUGGGAUUUUUGUCUGAUAGAUGGGAUAUCCCUAACGCUUUUGGGUUCUAUUACCACAGACAAUCUCCGAUAUGACUUUUGGAUAACGACCGGAAAGUGCGAAGACUCCUAUUUUGGAUCAUUGUGGAACGAUGACGUCACCUCCCAUGCCAACAAUACCUGAACUUGUAUCAAACUAUCCAAAACAUCGCCCUUCUUCUUCAGCAACAUUUGAGGACAAACUUAACCAGUCAGGAUCUUAUACUUCAGAAACAAAUGCUCUAACAACUGACAAUUCAAAAUAUAUUCUUGUAUUGAUCAUGAACAUUCAGAAAGUAAUUCCACGCUUGAUCAAGAAGAUCCAAUUAAGCAAUCGGAUUUUGAAAACAACAAAAAAUGCUGUUGGAUCACGAAACGUCAGUUCAUGGUUUUAUUCUUAAUCAAUUUCGCUUUCUUCUGUCAAGCUAGCUGCUACGCACUUCUCGCUCCCUUCUUUCCUGAAGAGGCAGAGAAAAAACAAAUAACAUCAACCCAAUAUGGAUUUGUUUUUGGAGUAUUCUAUUUGGUUGUAUUUAUUCUCUCUCCAUUCAUGUUCAAGGUGGUUCCAACAUUGUCUCCAAAAUUUUUAGUAAACUCUGGGGUAUUUUUUGCUGGAGGUGCUACGAUUUUGCUUGGCACUGUAAUAAAGUCCGCACCUGGAGCCACCUUUCUUUCAUUAUCCUUAGUGGGAAGAAUUGUUCAAGCUAUCGGCUCCACAUCUCUGUUUACCCUGGGCUAUGCCAUCGUUGCUAACGAAUUUACUGAACGUCGUGCCACAGCCCUGGCCAUUGUUGAAAUGUUCUACGGCUUGGGAAUCACGAUAGGACCGACAAUUGGAGGCAUCCUUUUUGAGGUAGGAGGUUUCAUGCUACCGUUUUUCCUUCUUGGAGGUAUUCUGGUGUGUCUGUCUGGAAUCAUGAUAUGCUUCUUGCCGGAAACAAAGUGUACCAUUAACGAGAACCAAGGUGAUCUUUUCAAGAUUAUUCUCAACCCAACUUUUAUUGUGGAUAUGGUAAAUAUCUUAACUGGCUUCCUUAUCGUUGGCUUUAACGAGGCGACCUUGGAGCCACACGUUAGACAGUUUGGACUAACCCCAUCGAUUGUGGGACUACUGUUUAUUGCUUCUGGUGGAAUAUAUGCAGUUGGAACUCCAGUCUGGGGAUAUAUUUAUGACAAAAUUCCUGACUCUUACCUUCCAAUGUAUACAUCCAGCAUUGUCUGCGCAGCAAGCUUUUUAUUUCUUGGACCCGCGCCAUUUCUUCCUCUGGAAACCACCCUCUGGUUGGUAAUUAUGGCCCAAGUUCUUCUUGGUCUCGGGGCGGGAGGAAAAGUAAUCAUAGGAUUCAACCAUUCCUUGAGAGUCACUGUAUUACGAGGUUUCCCAGAUGACGUCCCAACCUUAACGAUAGUUUCGGGGCUUUUUAAUUGCACUCUGGCUCUUGGCGGUUUUAUUGGACCAUCGCUAGGGGGAGCGCUUCUUGAGCAAAUGGGUUACGAAAAGGGAACAAUGGUUCUUUUGGGAAUGGAAUUAGCAGUGUUGGUGAUAACUAUAAUACAUUCACUAUGGAAAGCAAUAGCCAGAAUCUGUGGACGACCAGAAGAAUCAAAACCUCUCCUAUCAAAUGGUGCUUUGCGGGCAUGAAGUAACACUUAUUGUUAUCGUUCUUAUCCAGAAAAUCUCAAUAAAAUAUAUUCUAAUAUAUAUAUAUAUAUCGAUAGAUUUAAAAACAAACUGACUGUUUGGAUAAACGAUUUGAGAAACAAAAAUUACGUACUAUCACGAUUUCUGUCUCCAUUUUGAUAUUUGUUUGUUGGUGUCCUCCCUAGUUUUUAUUUACGUGUGAUUGUGAAAUAUGAUUUUAUACGUCUAAAAUAAAGGACAAAUGUAGUCUAUUCUAAGCAGUUUAUAAUAAACAAUAUCUUAAAGAUAUUUAGAAUUU